AUGAAUCAGCAGCAGCAGCAGCAGCAGCAGCAAGAACAGAUGAGCUCUGGCCUUACACGAUAUAAAUCUGCACCAAGUUCUUAUUUUGCUAGCCUUUUUACCAGUGAUGAUGGAUUUGGAGGAGAUGAUUUUGAUAAUAUUUUCAACCCCCGGGCUUCAAGUCCUGAGAGAAAUCGCGUUUUUGCAAGUUUCAUGGAUAGUGUCGAUACCAUUGAUCAGAACUACUCAUCCAAUAUGAGUAUUCAGUCCCAAUCACAACCACAGUUUGUGCAAUCUGUUAAGCAUGAAACUGUUGAUCAGCAACUACAGAGACACGGCAGCAAUGAUUUUUCUGCGGUUUCUCAUAUGGUGUAUCAAAGCCAACCUCAGCAGGGUUAUAAUUCAGAGGCUGCAACUUCUGCUAUGGAUGAUUCUUUUGGUAGAUCUUCGAGUUCAAUCAAUUCAGAUCGUGUAAAUCAGAUGAAGUUUAAUGGUGGGAGUACGAAUCUCAUUCGACAUAGCAGUUCCCCUGCUGGAUUUUUCUCUAAAAUAAAUAUCGAAAAUGAGUUUGAUGCAAUGAGAGGUGUGGGGAAUUUCGGAGCUGGGAUUAGUACUAAUGCAGAAGCACCAAUGUUAUCGUUUAAGAGUCCAAUGAAUUUCUCAUCCGGGAACCCUUCUUCUUCGGAGAUGAUGAACCCCAUCGAUGAAAUGGGAUGCAAAACGAGUCUGGGGAAAGGACAUUUGGAGGAAGAUGGCAAUGACAAUGGUGGUUACACCACAAGUUUCCCAGCUAUAACCCCUUGGGAUGAUGACAAUAAUAUGUUCUCCAAUGUAUCAAAUAAUCAGAAUACUGAUGAUCAAAUCCGUCAUACAAUUCCUUUGUCUCAUCACUUAAGUUUACCUAAGAAUUCUGCACUAUUAUCCGAAAUGUUAUUGCAAGAUUCAGUACCCUGCAAGGUUAGAGCAAAACGAGGUUUUGCUACUCAUCCCCGGAGCAUUGCUGAAAGGGUGAGACGGACUCGAAUAAGUGAACGAAUAAGGAAGCUACAAGAACUCGUUCCCAAUAUGGAAAAGCAAACAAGCACAUCAGACAUGUUGGAUUUGGCCGUUGAUUACAUUAAAGAUCUUCAAAUGCAAUUAAAGAUGCUUUCAGACAAUCGAGCAAAGUGUACUUGCUCAACUGAGCGAAAGACAGAGAUCAAAAGUCCCCAAAGGUAG